UGUGAGGCAAAGCAUCGUGUGGCUCCACCUCAGCCCCAGAGGUCUCUCCAUCUCUCUCUGCAUGCAGAAGGAAAUUUCACGCAGAGGGAGGAAACACCAUGGCGAAAGAUCCCCAGGAGAUCUCUGAGGAAUUCUACGUCCAAGAUGCACAAACACCUAAAGCUACGAAAGAACUCUGCAAAAGAUACAAGAUCUGUGGGGUGUUGCUUUGCAGCCUAGUGCUCUCUGUCAUCCUGACAUUUCUUGGGGUCUAUUAUUUUUGGAAUCCACCACCUAAAAAAAUCUAUGACAUGGAGCACACAUUUUUCAGCGAAGGAGAGAAGCAGAAGAUAUUGAUGAAGAUAGAUCCUCUAACCAGGACAGAGAUCUUUCAAACUGGAAAGGGCAACAAGGAGGUUCUGGAAAUACAUGACUUCAAAAAUGGAAUAACAGGCAUCUUUUUUGUGGGAGACCCAAAGUGCUUCAUCCGAAACCAGAUUAAAGGGAUUCCUGAAACAUCCAACGUGGACAUGGAGGAGCUGGAAGAUGAGGAAAUUACAGAUACCUAUUUCGAGCAGUCUGUAGUCUGGAUUCCAGGGGAGAAGCCUAUUGAAAAUAAAGAUUUUCUGAAAGGUUCCAAGAUCUUUGAGCUCUGCAAAAAUGUGACUGUAUACUGGAUCCACCCGACUUUAUUAAGAGAGCCAGAACUUCUUGACUUUGAAAAUGAAGGUCAGGAGGAGGAGGAAGAGGAUCCGAUUCUGAGAGACAAGCAAGACUGGGCUAGACAUCAGGAGGAAAAGGAAGAGCAACACUUGGCUAAGGAUGCAAGACCAAGUACCAAACGUCAGGCCCGGCAGCUCACAGAAGAGGAUUUCCCUGUGAAUGAUUACUCACAGAACGGACUGGAGUUCCAUCCCCUGUGGGACGAGAGAGGAUACUGCUGUGCCCAGUGCCGCCGUGCCCAUCGAUACUGCCAGAGGGUGUGUGAGCCUCUCCUAGGGUAUUACCCCUACCCUUACUGUUACCAAGGAGGGAGGGUCAUCUGCCGUGUAAUCAUGCCAUGCAACUGGUGGGUAGCGCGGAUGCUGGGGCGAGUGUAAGCACACCCAGCCCCCCAAAAGAUAACUCCUGAUAUACGGCAGUGUCCAAGCGCCACCCAGGGAAUUCCCUAUGGGGUGCACUUGUGUGCUACCAACACUCUAUCUAGUUCAGGGGUCCCCAAACUAUUGUCCAAGAGCUUCAUCCAGGUAGUCCAUGGCAUGACUGUAAAAAUACAACUAAAAAUCAUACAGCAUUUGCAUCAUGCAACACAAUGGCUGAAACAGGCAGAAGAAUGAUUAGGGUGUCCACAAUAAUUUUCAAAGUUGUUCAUGGGGGUGGGGGGAGUUUGGGAAACACUGCUCUAGUUGCUAUUACUGCAGUUCAGUAGGCACCUCUGAGACAGUCACCCUGAGACCAGUGGGCAUUGGUAAUGCCCAUCAUCAAAAGGCCACCACAAAAUGUCCCAACUUUGCUGGUCGGACAUCAAGGAGCAACUUGGGUAGCUAGUGUGGUGUGUGUGUGUGUGUGUGUGUGUGGAUGUGGGGGGGGGGCUUCAAAAUGUGUUAAGAAACCCAUUUAUUGAAGUACUUCUGAAAAUGUAUUGUCACCAGUUUGUUUCCAGUGAAGCAUACCUGCAGCUUAUAUGGGGGUUAGUGCAUAAAGCCAAAAUUUAAAAUAGUCAAGACCAUGGGUAGGCAAACCAAGGCGUGUUUUUACAUGAGUAGAAU